AUGGCGGACGAACUAGACCGAGUACGGAUUUCAGCUGCGGAGCUUCGAGCUGAAGCGUCGAGUUUUGCCAACCACCACGGCGAUUGUCACAGAGGUGAGAGUGAUCACCGAAAGUUAUCGUUAUACCAUCAAAGAGAACCCACGAAAAACGAGCAAAUCCAAAGUAUAACGGAAACUAAGUAGUCAGCUUGCUAGCUAACGUUAGCUAGCUGACGUAACGGCAGCUAGGACGCAUCAUGUGGUCUUUUGUUUUCUAACGCCCCCUGAACAAUAUCACUCACUCACCCCCACUCUCGCAACCGGGGUCUAAGUUGGAAAUGCACAUAUCAUCAACCUAGACUGAGGUUCCCACGCUCUCCUGCUUGGUUGGGGCUAUUGUCCAUGCAGUCAUUGUCUGCUUGCUAGUUAGCAAGAUAGCUACGUUAGUAUUAGCAGACUAGCUAGCUUCUAGUUUUUUCCAAAGACAACAGUAGUAUGUGGCUUUUCUUUACAUGCCACAGUAAGCUAGCUAACGUUAGCUAGAUACAAGUCAACGAAGGCGGCAAAAAUGUAUAGUUGAACUAGCACCGUGUUUGUUAGCUAGCUAACUGACACAAGUUGAGUAACGGCAACGCUAGGAAUACGUUUUGUUUUUUAGCGUCAUUUUAUUUUUUUAGCUAACCUAUGCUAGCAAACUAAAUCACUAUGGCAACCGCACCUGUAGCUUACGCCACACUAACUAGCUAGCCACACACAGAGAGAGAUACAGUAGCUAGCUAGCCACACACAGAGAGAGAUACAGUAGCUAGUUAGCCACACAGAGAGAGAGAUACAGUAGCUAGCUAGCCACACAGAGAGAGAGAUACAGUAGCUAGCUAGCCACACAGAGAGAGAGAUACAGUAGCUAGCUAGCCACACACAGAGAGAGAUACAGUAGCUAACUCGUCUUUCCUAAAUUAUCAUUGAUGAGUCCUCUCCGGUCCUGGGGAACUUCUAGGUUCAGUCUCAGAGUCUGGGCCAUAAUUAGCUGAACAGGUGUGUUUGAGUAGGGCUGGAACUAAAGCCUGCUCACCUACCCAGUAGCUUUCCAGGCCCUAAAUUGGAGACUCCCUAUUGGACUGACCCGUUUCACACUGAACCCAACACACUUAUCCUCCUUACGCUUGGUAUACACUACACCACGUCUAAAAUCUUAACAACUUGGAUGUGCUCACAUAUCCAGAUUUCCUUGCCCCAAAUAUUUCAUUCCGUCCAACCUCAACCCCAGAAUGUGGGCGCUCACAUUACACAAUGAUUCCCUAGUUGAUCCUGGCCUGCAUUUCUUGGUUGUAGUAGGAAAGAAAUGCUGACGCAAACAGUGAGCUACUUUAUUAGUGUGCGCAUUAUUAUGUGCAGAAAGACCAAAAGAGACAGAGACACAGAAUAUUGACUUAAUAUAUAAAAUAAGCAUAAUUGCAUAAUUAUCUUUUUGAUUUCUGUCAUGGUAGGACGGCUAUGUAAUUUUGGUGAAGAUCGUUUUGCAUGGCCCGGUGCCCCAGGUGGGUGGAGAUUUUACUUAAGAACCAAUGGAAUGGUCCUUUAGUGAACUCUCCCAUUGAAAAGGCAGUGGUGUUCUCUCCACAGCUCCACCAAUCUGUCUCCCAUCCCCUCGGUCCUGUUGCGUGUCGUUGCUUUCCUCUUCAUCUUCCUUGUAUUGGUCUCGCAUGCUGAGUGCUCAUUGGCUAUUGGCAGCAGUCCUUGACCAAUGGCGUCAUAGCACUGCUCAUACUACAACAUGCACAACCAAAAUGUCAGACAUCCGACAGGGGUCUGGAGAACGGAACAGCCAUCAUCGGUGCGCCCCUUGACCCGCUCAAACUACGCCAGUCCAACGUACUGACCCUAGCCCAAGUUCAUAGGAUUUCAACCCGAUCAUGAAACAAUUUCUGGGAUGGCAAAAAACGUGGUGAAUUCGUGGCAAAAAAUCGUGUGUAGUGUAUGCCCAGCAUUAGCUAUCAUACCCUAGCUACAAGUUACAUCCAGGCCCUGGGGCAGCUGUGUCAUGUCAUGUCCAUUGUUUUGGUUGAAACACGGGGUAUAGGUGCACUGCAUUGUGACUGUUCUCCCUGCUAUCUCUUUCUCUCUUACCUCCUGCUCUCACCUUUGGUAUUUUGAUAUUUUAUUAGGAUCCCCAUUAGCUGUUGUGAAAGCAGCAGCUACUCUUCCUGGGGUCCACACAAAACAUGAAACAUGACGUAAUACAGAACAUUAAUAGACAAGAACAGCUCAAGGACAGAACUACAUAUAUAUAUUUUUUAAAGGCACACGUUGUGCCGUGAGGUGUUGCUUUAUCUGUUUUUUGAAACCAGGUUUGCUGUUUAUUUGAGCAAUAUGAGAUGGAACGGAGUUCCAUGCAAUAAUCGCUCUAUAUAAUACUGUACGCUUUCUUGAAUUUGUUCUGGAUUUGGGGACUGUGAAAAAAACCCUGGUGGCAUGUCUGCUGGGGUAAGUGCGUGUGUCAGAGCUGUGUGUAAGUUGACUAUGCAAACAAUUUGGGAUUUCCAACACAUUCAUGUUAGUAAUAUAAAAAGAAAGAGUGAUGCAGUCAGUCUCUCCUCAACUCUUAGCCAAGAGAGACUGGCAUGCAUAGUAUUUAUAUCAGCCCUCUGAUUACAAUGAAGAGCAAGACGUGCCGCUCUGUUCUGGGGAAGCUGCAGCUUAACUAGGUCUUUCCUUGCAGCACUUGACCACACGACUGGACAAUAAUCAACAUUAGACAAAACUAGAGUCUGCAGAACUUGCUUUUUGGAGUGUGGUGUCAAAAAAGCAGGGCAUCUCUUUAUACGGACAGACUUCUCCCCAUCUUUACAACCAUUGAAUCUAUAUGUUUUGACCAUGAUAGUUUACAAUCUAAGGUAACGCCAAGUAAUUUAGUCUCCUCAACUUGUUCAACAGCCACACCAUUCAUUACCAGAUUCAGCUGAGGUCUAGAACUUAGGGAAUGAUUUGUACCAAAUCCAAUGCUCUUAGUUUUAGAGAUGUUCAGGACCAGUUUAUUAGUGGCCACUCAUUCCAAAACAGACUGCAACUCUUUGUUAAGGGUUUCGGUGACUUCAUUAGCUGUGGUUGCUGAUGUGUAUAUGGUUGAAUCAUCAGCAUACAUGGACACACAUGCUUUGUUUAAUGCCAGUGGCAAGUCAUUGGUAAAAAUAGAAAAGAGUAAAGGGCCUGGAGAGCUGCCCUGUGGUACACCACACUUUACAUGUUUGACAUUAGAGAAGCUUCCAUUAAAGAAAACAGAGUUCUAUUCGAUAGAUGGCUCUGAAUCUAUGAUAUGGCAGAGGUUGAAAGCCAUAACACAUACAUUUUUUUUCACCAACAGGUUAUGGUCAAUAAUAUCAAUGGCUGCACUGAAAUCUAACAGUACAGCUCCCACAAUAUUCUUAUUAUCAAUUUCUUUCAACCAAUCAUCAGUCAUUUGUGUCAGUGCAGUACAUGUUGAGUGCCCUUCCCUAUAAGCAUGUUGAAAGUCUGUUGUUGAUUUGUUUACAGAGAAAUAGCAUUGUAUUUGGUCAAACACAAUUUUUUCCAACAGAGCUGGCAGCAAGCUUAUAGGUCUGCUGUUAGGACCAGUAAAGGCCGCUUUACCAUUCUUGGGUAGCGGAAUUAAUUUGGCUUCCCUCCAGGCCUGAGGACAAAGACUUUCCUCUAGGCUCAGAUUAAAGAUAUGACAGAUAGGAGUGGCUAUAGAGUCAGCUACCAUCCUCAGUAGCUUUCCAUCUAAGUUGUUAAACUUUCUCCUGCUGUGUGUUACUCAGAGGAGACUGAGAACAAACUAAACGUACACGACUGAGCGAGAAGGAGUGAAAACGAGAGAGAAGGGGCUCUGACCUUCAGAACUGAUUGUGUCUCUGUUGAAAAGUCAGUCAUCACUACUAAUAUCUCCCUUCCUCCUCUUUCUCCCUCUCCCAACUCUUUCUCUCCCCUCUCGUACCCCUCUCCCUGUCACAGAGGAGCGAGGAGAGGAGGGACGUGGCCAACGCCAGCAGCGUCACCAUGGCAACGACCCCUCAAAACGCCCUGACCUGCAGCGCUACACGCCCGGGGCUGGCCACGGCAACCGUCGCCAUGACAGCGAGGACGGCGGCUUAGUCACUUCCCCUGGUCACCCUGGAGACCGGUUAGCCAUGGCCUCUGACCCCGAGGAGGAGCUGGUGAUGUCACCGCCACAGAAGGUGGAGGAAGAAGGACAGAAGAUGGCCGCCUCUGAGACGGUUUCAACUGAACUUGGAUGUAUAGAUGGAGGGAUGGGGAAAGGAGGAGGAGGAGGAGGAGGUGAUGGUGGAGGAGGAGGAGGUGGUGGUGGAGGAGGAGGAGGUGGUGGUGGUGAUGGUGGAGGAGGAGGAGGUUUUACUUCAAACCGGGGUGGAUGCUCUCAAGCACCUGCACAACAGAGGACUCAGAGAGGUGACCACCACACCACCAUAGCAGACAACAACAACAACAGUAGCUGUGCAAAGGGACCGUCAGGCUCAGGUAGCCGACCACAGAACUCCAGACAUAGGGAUGGAGGGAGAGAGAAGCACCAGAGGGAUGGAGGGAGAGAGAAGCACCAGAGGGGGAGAGACCCAGACCUCUCUGAGCCAGCAGGGGGUUUCCCUGGCUCUCCCAAGGCCACCAGGAAGACCCGUAAACCGGACCGGGAGAUUUACCAGCCGGGGGGUCGGAGGAGCACCACCACCCAGGGGAAGGAGGCAGAAGCGGGAAGAGAGACCGAUAAACCUGCCCCUACCCAUGGUCCCCCUGGUCCUGUCAGAGAGGAAACCCAAGCCAGGAGAGAACCUGCCGUAUGGAGAGAGACUGGAGGAGAGCAAGAGGUGAAAGGGAGGGAGGAGACAGGGAAAGGUGGCAGAGGGGGGGAGGAGACAGGGAAAGGUGGCAGAGGGGUGGAGGAGACAGGGAAAGGUGGCAGAGGGGGGGAGGAGACAGGGAAAGGUGGCAGAGGGGUGGAGGAGACAGGGAAAGGUGGCAGAGGGGGGGAGGAGACAGGGAAAGGUGGCAGAGGGGGGGAGGAGACAGGGAAAGGUGGCAGAGGGGGGGAGGAGACAGGCAGAAGGCAGCGGAGGAGGGAACCAGGGAAAGCAGCCGUCUCAGACCCUGGAGUGGAGAACCUGACAGGGAAGAUACAGAAACUCAGUGUGACUGCCCCACCUGAGAGAGAGGAGGAGCGGGAAAAAGGAGGAGGGGGAGAGAAAGGAGAGGGGGAGGCAGGAGUAGGCAGGAGGAGGAAGGCUAGCGGUGAGGGCAGGAGAAGCAGAGCUGGAGGUGGAGGACGAGUAGGAGGAGCAAAUGAAGGAUGCGAGAAGACUGAGGAGAAGAAGAGAGAGAGGGGAAACCGCAGGAACAGAGGAGGAGGGGAGAAGGAGGGGAAUCAGGACUCCAGGAGAAGAGGAAGAGGCGAAGGAGGGGGGGGGAAGGGUGAGCGAGGGAUGACAGAGAAAGAGAGAGACUGGAGAGCGUCGGAGGGAGACGGAGAGAGGGAAGCGAACCGUCUUGCAGAUACACAGCCAGCGAAGGGAAGAGAGAAACCGACUGAGAGAGACAACCAGAGAGGGAACAACAGACCCCAACCUCUACCCCGAGAUGUAGACAGAGAGAGGGAUGGAGAGAGAGACAUAAACGGAGAUGGAGAGAUGGAGAGAAACAGAGAGGGGAUAGCGGAAGGGAGCGAGAGCUACAGAGACUACACUAACCCUAACAACAACCACCACCCAUCAUCAUCCUCCUUUAAGCUCUACUCCAAGUCGAACAUCCGCCGGCCCAGGAACCGCACCUACAGCACCAGCUCUGCCAGCAGUGGCACCAGCCUGGAUGGACCUGGAUUUGGACAGGGAGGGGGUCGGGGGGAGGACAGGGCCCAACGAGACCGCCUGGGGCACAGGGAGAGAGACAGAGGAGAGGGAGGAGGAGGUCAGCUACCGAACAGGAGGAGAAACACUAGAGACUCCUCGACAGACUCACUGGAGGAGAGAAAGAUGGGAGACAGGCUGGAUGAGAGGAGGAGGAGGAGAGAUGGAGGAGAGGAGGACUUGAGCCCGGAGAGGAGGAGAGGGGAGGAGGAGAGCAGAGGGAGAGGGGGAAGAGGACACAGAGGAGGAGGGAGAGGAGGGCUCCUGAAAGUGUCUCAGAGCGAUAGACAGUCAGGCACCUCCCACACCACCUCAGGCCCCAGUGACGACCUUCAGGGGCGCCGCAGGCAGGGCACUGUGCCUCGCGGUAGGGAGAGAGGCAUCCUCAUCCUCCCUGCCCACACUGACCUCUCCAAUUUGCCGGCGGAGCCCGGGCCAAGGCUCCUGUUUGGUGGGAUUCGAGGAGGAAGAGAGGCGGGACUAGGGAGAGGAGGAGGAAGAGGCGGAGGAACAAGAAGACUCUGGGAUCCCAACAACCCCGACCAGAAACCCGCUCUCCGGCUCUCCCAGCAUGCCUCUCUCCAGCAGCAGCAGCCCAUGUACCUGCAGACGGGCGGCGGUUACGGAGCGCUGCACUUCCUGGAUACGGACGACGAGGCUGCAGGGAGUCCCCCGGUCCGCCAGGGGGAGCACUUCCACCCCCAGCAGCAGGCCGUAGCCAUGGCCCAGGCCUUCUACAAGUACCAGAACUCGGACAACCCUUACCCUUACAACGCCAACCCCAAUGCACGCUACCCAUACCCCUACCACACCAUGCCCACCGGCCCCUACCAGAUGCCCCCCUCCAACGGCAUUUACCCGGCCCAGUUCUACGGGAGUUACAGGGGCCAGGGGUACCAGGCUGCAGCUGGAUCCGGAACCGGGGCUGCAGCUGGAGCAGGUCUGACACCAGAGGAGGUGGAGCAGCAGGCCAGGGGAGAGGGGGAAUGCGAGGGCAAAAGAGGAGUACAUCUCCUUCUAUUAAAACCCUCGUCUGCGGUGGACCGCAUUCUCACUCGGGAGGUGGGGGAGAGGGGCAGGUGGAUGGCGGGGAGAGGGAGGAACAGGGGUUUCGAUUUGAGGGGAAGGCGAGGACGGGUAUUGCAAGGGGGUGGGGAAGGGUUUAGGAUGGAGGGGAAGGAGAGGACAGGUGGAUGGGGGGAUAGGGAAAAAGGGCAGGGGGGGUUUGGUGGGAGGAAGGUGGAACAGGGUUUGGUAGGUUUGGAGGAGAGGGACAUUGGGUUUGGGGGGGUGGGAGAGAGGAUGGAGGAGGGAGGGAUAGGGACAGGUAGGAUGGAGGGGAAGAAGGGACAGGGAAAGGAUGGAAGGGGAAUGAGAGGGCCAGGGUAGGUUUGGAGGGGAGGGGAGGGACAGGGUAGGAUGGAGGGGAGAGGAGAGGGACAGGUUAGGUGAUGGGAAGGGAUGAGAGGAGAGGGACAGUGGUAGGAUGGAGGGGAGGGAGGAGGAAGGGUAGAUUGGGGAGAGGAAGGACAGGUAGGAUGGAGGGGGGAGAGAGAGGUACAGGGUAGGAUGUUAAAAGGGGAGAGUAGGAGAGACAGGGUAGAUGGAGGAUAGAGAGGGACCGGGGUAAGUAUGGAGGGUGGAAGAAGGGACAGGGUAGGAUGAGGGAGUAGGAGAGGAAGGUAGGAUGGAGGGUGAGCUCCAACUCGGUAAGAGGGGAGGGGGAAGGGAGGGAAGCUGCAACCUAACGGGCUGAUAAGUUUUCUAUGUCUUGUCUCUUUUUCAUCUCUUCUUUCUCUCCUCUCUCCCCACCUCUCUCCUCCCUUCCUCGGGGUCUUCUCCCUCCCUCCCGUCCUCUCCUCUUCUCUCUCUUGUCUCGCUCUUCUCCCUUCCCUCUCGCUCCCCCUCUUCUCUCCUCCCUCCUCCCUCCCCCCUCUCCUCCCCCUCUCUCUCCCCUCCCCUCUCGUCUCCUUCCUCUCUCCUCUCCUACCUCUCUCUCUUCUCUUUUCCAAUUCUCUCCCCUCUCUCUCCCCCCCUCUCUCUCCCCCAUCCUCUCCCCCCCUUCUCUCUCUCCCCCUUGCUCUCUCUCCCCUUCUCUCCCCCCUCUCUCUCUCCCCUCCUCUCUCUCCCCCUCUCUCUCCUCUCUCCCCUCUCCCCUCCCUUCCUCCUCUCCUCCCUCUCUCUCUCCCCCUCCCUCUCUCUCUCGAUUUUCUCUUCUCGCUCUCUCUCCGCUCUCCCUCCCCUCUCCCUCCCUCUCUCACUCUCCCCCCUUGCUCUCCUCCUCUCUCUCUCUCUUCCCCCUCCUCUCUCCACUCCCCCCCCCUCCCCUCUCUCUCAACCCCCCCCCCGACCUCCCUCUCUCUCUCCCUCCCCCCUCUCUCCCCCUCCCCGCCUCUUCUCCUUCCCUCUCGCUCUCUCUCCUCUCCCUCCCUCCUCUCUCUCAUCUCCCUCUCCAUUCCACCCCUCCUCUCUCUCCCUCCCCCCUCCCUCCCCCUCCCUCCCUCCAGAGCUGACCUGUUGACCCUCUACUGAGCGGAUGAUCCUAACAGACAUAGAGUUCAGUGACAGUCAGAACCUGGACCAGGCUCUAUGGAAAAACAUAUUCUACCAGGUUAUAGAGCGCUUCAGACAGCUCCUCAAAGACCCUAGCGGAGACUCAGCCCCGCGCAUCACCCUCAUGCUGUUCACUCUGCUGGACGAGGUACACACACUGAACACACACACCACGUACGCACCAGGCCUGGACGAGGUACACACACUGAACACACACACCACGCACGCACCAGGCCUGGACGAGGUACACACACUGAACACACACACCACGUACGCACGCACGCACCAGGCCUGGACGAGGUACACACACUGAACACACACACCACGUACGCACGCACGCACCAGGCCUGGACGAGGUACACACACACCACGUACGCACGCACCAGGCCUGGACGAGGUACACGCACUGAACACACACACACCACGUACGUACGCACGCACCAGGCCUGGUAAUUUUAGGGGCAAGGCCAUUUGGCCUUCAAGAGGUGCCAAAUCUGCCAGGACGUUAAGGCCAUUAACCAAAAUAGCACAUUUUAAUCGAUUAUAAAAACAAAACACACUAGCAAUUCUGUAAAAAAAAAAAAACAUGUCUAAGUAAGUGGCCAUAAAUAAUUAGCCUACAUAUCAAAAGUGUAGGUGAUAGGCUUGGGCCAUAUACCGUAUACCGGGCUAUUUGGAAAAAGCCACGGGAUGGUUUUUCAAUAUCAUUGAAACUAUUUGUUUGAAGUUUUUUUAAAUACAUUUCAAUAUUUGUAGCUACUUUUUAAGUAAAUACCCGCAGUCCACUUGUGCAAUACGUUAGGAGAAAAAGCAGAUUGCGUUCUUCAUUUCACCUGUCACAUCAUGUUUCAUUAUGAAGCUUACCGGUAGUCCCCAGUAACAACGAGAGACCGGAGCCUUGUGAGUCACUCACUGUUGUCCAACAUGCACCAGGUGAUCUAGUUACUGUAUGAAAUUCACAACUAACUGUUUGCCAGCUAGAUAACUUAUAACUAUUAAGUUAACUGUCUAAAAUGUGCUAAAUGCUCUGCAGUUGUGCAUUUGGUUUGCUAAUUUAGUAGCUAGUUAGCUAUCUAGCUAAGUGGUUAGCUUCUUUCAAAAUCAUUCGCUUGGUAACAGCAGAGAAUCCCCUCCUGGAUCAAGAGCCUUGCUGGCUAAUAUUUGUUUAGUGUGUGUGCAGCAAACUGUGAGUAGCAUUUUUUAGUUACUUGAAUAGUUGAGGUCAGAAACUGUACAAAAUGUUCACGAUGCGCUUUUUAGCAUUUAGUUAGCGUUCUUUAUGGGAUUUUACAUGUACUUGUUAGCAUUGCUAACCUUUGGAUUACAGAGUAUCAGUGGGGUUUGAAAACAGCACCCCUUUGUGUUCAGUGCCGGUAUUACCGAAUAUCCCCGUAUGGCACAAGGUCGGUAUGAAGGUAUGACAAUCUGGAUACCGCCCAAGCCUAGUAGGUGAUGGAGUGUGCAUAUUGGCUACAGCCUCUCAUGUCCACACAGAUGCUGACAGAGUGAGGCGUCAGAAAAUGGAGCCAAACUUUAAUGGGACUUUUAAUUACAUAUAUAGGCCAAAUGGCAGUCAUGUUUGACAAAUAUAAUGUUUGGAUCAUUAACACGAACAUCUGAAGGCUUGAUUCUGUCGACAUACUCAAAGCACGGUUCGUUCAGAGAAAGCCCAGUGCCUGUUGUACGCUGCAAGAUCACCCACCUUGCAAUCUGAGUGGAGGCAUUCAGCAUUUUGAAACUAUACUGAACAAAAAUAUAAACGCAACUGUUUUAAAGAGUUACAGUUCAUAGAAGGAAAUCAGUAAAUUUAAAUAAAUAAAUUAGGCCCUAAUCUAUGGAUUUCACAUGACUGAUUUCACAUGGCUGGGCAGGGGCGUUUUAUAUUUUUGUUCAGUUUAGCCUUACACUUAAUUGUUUUAAACCUGGAUGUUUUGUCAUUUUAUGAGGCAUGUCUUACCUUGUUUCAAAGUAGCUUGACCAAAUCCGACUAUAGAAAUGUUGAAGGAAUUAUUUUAUAAACACUUCCUCAUAUGCCAUUGAAACCAGCAUUUAUCUCAUGUUCUAACAACUUUCUUUCAUUGUCCAGUAGCCAAAGGCACAAUAGUCAUAUUAGCAACCUUUGCUAGCUGUUGCAUCUUUAGAUCUCCACUCUUUCAAAACAGAUAUUUUCAUCUCGGUCACAUGAAACCGCUCACAUGAGCGGUGCGCAUUUGAGAAUGGUGUUUUCCCGCUAAUUGCAUUUUGGAACAUUUGCGCGUAUAGCCUACUGCCGUAUGUGCAUUGCUGUGCUUAUAAUGUGAAGAAAUAAUAGUUUAUCAAAAUGUUAAGCUAAACGUUCAGAUCUGUUGCAUCAGCCUCAUUGGUUUUUUAAAUGUUCAAUGGUCCUGGUCCCACAACUGUACAUCAUCUAUUGUCCCACAACUGUCCCAGAGUCUGUUUAGAAUAUGUAUUUUUCGCACAGAACAACAAGCUGACCAAUAAAAUAGGUAAACGUUUCUACUAUGGGGGAUAGUAGAUUGACAUAGGCUAGUGUUUUUUGCUGUUCGUUAAUUGUCUUGUUGGCUGAGGAAAAGUAAAUGGGGACAAUUAUUCAAACAUCUUCAAAGUGCGCCUCGGAAUUCGAUAAGAAGGACGCAGAUAUCUCAAGAAUUGAUAUCUGAGAGAGACAUGUGAGUGAGAGGCGCUUCGGAGCGCGGUGAUUGGCAGCCGGGAGAAGAGAAUUAUAAUUAGAUAUUGGGGGGGCUUACAGCCACACGAAGGGGUUUGGCCGUCGAUUCCGCCGUGAAAUUCAAGGCCUGGUACACACGCAGACAUACACACACACCACGUACAGACACGCACACACCGUGUUCAACUUCAUGCAACUAUUUUGAUGCGUUUCUUGAUGGAGCUAAUCAUUUUGGUGCACUGUGUUUGUUUCCCAGGGGGCGGUAUUCUUUGAUGCGCUGCUGCAGAAGCUUCAGACGGUGUUUCAGUUUAAACUGGAUGAUUACAUGGACGGCAUGGCCAUCAGAGCACGUCCACUACGCAAGACGGUAACAACACUACUUGUGUGUGUGUGUUCAGACUGUGUGUAUAGGGCCCUUUUAAAAUCAGUUGAGUCUUUUCCCAAAUUCAGUUUUUCGCACAAUCACACUUUUUAAAAUAGAAAAACAGUGAAAAUGGAUGUUCUAAGUUCACAACAAUGCUUACACUACAUCAGGAGGCCACUUUUGAGGUCAGGAAAAAUCUUAACACAUUUGUAUUUUUGGGUGUAGUUACCCUUUAAUUCAAGCGCAAACCUAACAAGAGGCUGUUGUUGUUUAGUGUGUUUUUUGUUGCGCACGUGACGGUAGAGUUUGGAAAACAAAUACCCAGUGGAUUGAUGAAAAUAAUCAUGAUAUCAUUCUGCCGGGUAAGCAUAGGAUCCUCUGUAGUUAACAUUCAAUUGAGAAGGUUUUUGGGAAAGCCUUUCCAUCUACCAGAAGACUGCUUUCAUUAGCAUCAUCGCUAACGGCUACACAAAGUGGUUGACGCGUGCAAAAAAAAUAAAAUAAAAUGGUCGGACAACCAGAGAUUUCAGUUGUCUGAAUGGACAAGUUAAAAAUAUCACUAUCAAACAAUUACUCAGAUCAGAAUUGGAUCAGGCAGCGCACGGCAGGGCAGUGCAUGGUUGACAUUCUGAGUAAAUUGACUAUAUUCCUUCGCUAUAGCCUAUUCCAAUAAAUAUGUUCUGUUUACACAAAGCAAGAGAACAAUGUAGGCGGAGCUAAGAGUCUCUCUCUCAAAUGUCUGAUGAUCUGGGCCAAUAGCCGGACACUCCGGUGUCUUAGUGUUCUAGAAGCCCACAUCUUCUGUUUUCUCUCCAUUUGAUAUGAAUAUGACUCGGCCAUUUUAGGCCACUGCUCCAUUUCUCCUGCCGCACUAUUUCAUGAUCAAACAAUGAAUUCAUCUUAACGGAGUUCUAGGCUAUCUCAGAAAGUUUGAAGUUUUUUUUUUUUUUUUUGAAUAAACCCCAAAACAUGAGGCAUAAGGUAAUAAUGAAAAUAUAGAAGAAACAUUAGCAAGAUUUAAAAAUCAAAUGAAAAAUGUUGAACAAACCUUACAGUUGAGCAAAGCAUUAUAAGACCGAAAUGAUGCAUGAUGCAUGCGUGCGAGGUCGGGGGGAAAAAUUCCCUCUGCCGUUGCGAACCAAACAACCAAAAGCCUAAUCCUACUGAAACUAUGUUCAUAAAGUGUUUUAAUGUCCUAAAGUUGCAGCUUUUAAAUGGGAAUAAUUAUGAAAGUGCUAUUCUCAAUCACAGAUGUAUUUUUUUGAAUGACAAAUAUUUUAGGCCACAAGAAGUGAAAUUGAGCAAACGAUACCAAGAUGGAGAAAUCUAAUGAGGAGUCAAAGGAAACGGAGGCUACAGCGGAGGAAAGAAAUGAUGCGUAGCCGGCCUAGGUCUAUUUCCAUGUUAUUCUAGCAAUGUGCAACCCUACCUACAACUCACGUAGGCCUGACGAGAGAGGAAGAUCCAUUUUUAUAAUGAUCCAGUUCUGACAAACAGCAGCUCUGAAGCCCAAUGAUUUUACAACCCAUCACAAGAGCACAGCGAGGCUUGUUGACACACAGAUAGCCAGAUAGGCCUAGGAUGCUACUCAGCGCCAACAGAGUGGAGUAGGUUAUUACAAAAGAUGACGUCACGAUUCCUCUCGUCCCUCCUGUAGCAGAUUAUACAUUGUUUUGCCUGCACUACAGAUGGCUAUAUCGGUCUGCUAAUAUAGGACUAGUAAAUGCCCAGUGCACUACUUUUGUGAAAAAACUAAACUUUUCUUAUUUUUUAUUAUGAAUAUAUUUUUUUGUUCAGAUUAUUCAGUGUGUGCUGCAGCACCCUCAUCCUCCCUACUUCCCGUGGCUCUGCCCUUUUGGCCGAUGGUGUUAGACCUUUUUUUUUGGGGGGGGGGGGGGGGGGGGGGGGGUGAUGGGGGGGACAAGUGACUUCAGCUUUCGGAAAAGUAAAAAAUCUGUACUUCUACCUUAGAAUACAUUUUUUGCAUUUUGUUGAAUUCCGUUUUAAUGUCUGGAUUCCGUGAUUCCAUCCACGUUCUCCACAUGUCAGAUUUUCUAGGGUCCUACAGUGGGGGGAAAAAAGUAUUUAGUCAGCCACCAAUUGUGUAAGUUCUCCCACUUAAAAAGAUGAGAGAGGCCUGUAAUUUUCAUCACGUCAACUAUGACAGACAAUUUGAGAGAAAAAAGAUCCAGAAAAUCACAUUGUAGGAUUUUUAAUGAAUUUAUUUGCAAAUUAUGGUGGAAAAUAAGUAUUUGGUCAACUACAAACAAGCAAGAUUUCUGGCUCUCACAGACCUGUAACUUCUUCUUUAAGAGGCUCCUCUGUCCUCCACUCGUUACCUGUAUUAAUGGCACCUGUUUGAACUUGUUAUCAGUAUAAAAGACACCUGUCCACAACCUCAAACACUCCAAACUCCACUAUGGCCAAGACCAAAGAGCUGUCAAAGGACACCAGAAACAAAAUUGUAGACCUGCACCAGGCUGGGAAGACUGAAUCUGCAAUAGGUAAGCAGCUUGGUUUGAAGAAAUCAACUGUGGGAGCAAUUAUUAGGAAAUGGAAGACAUACAAGACCACUGAUAAUCUCCCUCGAUCUGGGGCUCCACGCAAGAUCUCACCCCGUAGGGUCAAAAUGAUCACAAGAACGGUGAGCAAAAAUCCCAGAACCACACGGGGGGACCUAGUGAAUUACCUGCAGAGAGCUGGGACCAAAGUAACAAAGCCUACCAUCAGUAACACACUACGCCGCCAGGGACUCAAAUCCUGCAGUGCCAGACGUGUCCCCCUGCUUAAGCCAGUACAUGUCCAGGCCCGUCUGAAGUUUGCUAGAGUGCAUUUGGAUGAUCCAGAAGAGGAUUGGGAGAAUGUCAUAUGGUCAGAUGAAACCAAAAUAUAACCUUUUGGUAAAAACUCAACUUGUCGUGUUUGGAGGACAAAGAAUGCUGAGUUGCAUCCAAAGAACACCAUACCUACUGUGAAGCAUGGGGGUGGAAACAUCAUGCUUUGGGGCUGUUUUUCUGCAGAGGGACCAGGACGACUGAUCCGUGUAAAGGAAAGAAUGAAUGGGGCCAUGUAUCGUGAGAUUUUGAGUGAAAACUUCCUUCCAUCAGCAAGGGCAUUGAAGAUGAAACGUGGCUGGGUCUUUCAGCAUGACAAUGAUCUCAAACACACCGCCCGGGCAACGAAGGAGUGGCUUCGUAAGAAGCAUUUCAAGGUCCUGGAGUGGCCUAGCCAGUCUCCAGAUCUCAAAUCUUUGGAGGGAGUUGAAAGUCUGUGUUGCCCAGCAACAGCCCCAAAACAUCACUGCUCUAGAGGAGAUCUGCAUGGAGGAAUGGGCCAAAAUACCAGCAACAGUGUGUGAAAACCUUGUGAAGACUUACAGAAAACGUUUGACCUGUGUCAUUGCCAACAAAGGGUAUAUAACAAAGUAUUGAGAAACUUUUGUUAUUGACCAAAUACUUAUUUUCCACCAUAAUUUGCAAAUAAAUUCAUAAAAAAUCCUACAAUGUGAUUUUCAGGAUUUUUUUUCUCUCAUUUUGUCUGUCAUAGUUGACGUGUAUCUAUGAUGAAAAUUACAGGCCUCUCUCAUCUUUUUAAGUGGGAGAACUUGCACAAUUGGUGGCUGACUAAAUACUUUUUUUCCCCACUGUAUGUGUAUUUAACGGUAUAUAAUGUGUGUUGGUCCAGGUGAAGUAUGCUCUGAUCAGCGCCCAGCGGUGUUUGAUCUGUCAGGGGGACAUCGCCCGUUACCGGGAGCAGGCCAGCGACUCGGCUAACUACGGCAAGGCCCGCAGGUAUUGUACCUUGGCUACCAGGGAAAAUGUGUUUGUCCGUGUUCCUGUCCAUUGACAAAUCGUAAUGGGAGAAACUGGUGUUGUUAAAAUGUUGUAAAGAUGUUUAUGAAAUAAUACUCCUUCAGGUCUCUCUUGCAAAGGAGAUAAAAGUUUUCGACUCCGACACAGAGUAAUAUGCUCUUCCUCCUCCUAUCUAGCUGGUACCUAAAGGCCCUGCAGAUUGCUCCUAAGAAUGGACGACCUUACAACCAGCUGGCCCUGCUGGCUGUCUACACGGUGAGAGAGGGAGGGAUGGAGGAAUGAAGAGAU